UUGAAUCAACAACCAACACGACUCCUACUCCGGUAAAACUGAAUCCACGGACUUCAAUACGCGCGCGUAAUGACGCGUUUACCGGGUGGACUGCACAUGACUUUAUGUCUGAAAUGAUGUUGGAUCAGCACGUGCAUUCGGGAUAAAUCUGGCCAUCCCUUAUAUCAUUAUGGAUGACCUGCAUCUCUUCCGUUUAUUUUACACAAGUAGUCGUUUCCAAGAGUUUUCCUGCUUUCAUAGAACUUUCCAGGUUUCUAACGCCUUGUAGGACAUGCUGGUUUUAUUCACAAGCAUCGCUGAUAUUUGAGAGCUGUUUUCCAACCGAAUGAAAAUGCAGAGCCGCGGUGCAGUGAGAGGCUGGGCCGGUGUGUCCGCGGUGCGCUCCUGUGUGCUGCUGCUCUUCAUCCACCUGAGUGCGCCGGUGGAGGUGAGGAGAGUGCGGGGCGGCCGGGCGCAGUCUCGGCGUGUGCAGCAGGCUUUGACGUACAGGGAGCGGAUGGAAGGAGCGGAGAGCUUCCCUUUAGACUUUACAGCCGUAGAGGGCAACAUAGACGACUUCAUGGUCCAGAUCAAGAAAUUGGCGCAGUCGCUGUACCCGUGCUCUGCGCAGAAACUGGACCAAGACAUGAAGCUGCACUUUUUGAAGAAUGAAUCUGUGACUUGUAAUGACGGGUCACCAGCUGGGUACUACAUCAAGGAAUCUAAAGGCAGUAAGAGGUGGCUGCUGUUUUUAGAAGGUGGAUGGUACUGCUUCAACAGACAGACCUGUGACAGCAGGUAUGAGACCAUGAGGAGACUGAUGAGCUCCACCAAGUGGCCAGCAACCAAAACAGGAACUGGAAUUUUGUCUCCUCAGCCAGAAGAAAAUCCUCACUGGUGGAAUGCCAACAUGGUGUUCAUCCCAUACUGCUCCAGUGAUGUGUGGAGUGGAGCAACACCGAAGACAGAACAUAGUGACUAUGCUUUCAUGGGCUCUCUGAUCAUUCGGGAGGUGGUGAAUGAGCUCCUGACAAAAGGUCUGGACAAUGCCAGAGUUCUCCUUCUGGCAGGAAGCAGUGCUGGAGGCACAGGCGUCCUGCUAAAUGUGGACCACGUAGCCGAGCAGCUGGAGUCUCAGGGCUACAGAGGGGUACAGGUCCGCGGUUUGGCCGACUCUGGAUGGUUCCUGGACAACAAGCAGUACAAGUUCACUGACUGUCUGGAUACAAUCAGCUGUGCCCCCACUGAGGCCAUAAAGAGAGGCAUCAGGUACUGGGGUGGAUUGGUGCCAGAAAGCUGCAGACAGGCUCAUGUGGGAGAGGAGUGGAACUGUUUCUUUGGAUAUAAAGUUUACCCCACGUUAAACAGCCCGGUGUUCGUGGUGCAGUGGCUGUUUGAUGAAGCCCAGCUGACUGUCGAUAACGUCCACCUGAUGGGACAACCCGUCCACGAGGGACAGUGGAGGUACAUACAAAACCUGGGACAGGAGCUGAGGAGCACGCUGCAGGACGUACCGGCGAUGUUCUCUCCAGCCUGUCUAUCACAUGAACUCAUCACCAGAAUCUACUGGAUGGACAUUCAGGUCAAAGGGACAUCCUUACCCAGAGCCCUGCACUGCUGGGACCGCAGUCUGCAAGACAACUACAAUGUCAAUGGUAGCCACGGCAACCACAACCACCAAAAGCACAAGACUCCACCUACAAGGGGCUGCCCCAUGCAUUUGGUGGAUAGUUGCCCGUGGCCACACUGUAACCCGUCCUGUCCAACCAUCCGUGACCAGGUGACGGGGCAGGAAAUGAGCGUCAUCCAGUUUCUGAAGCACAUGGGCUUCGAUGUGCAGAAGAUGGCCCAGCAGCAGGGUAUGGACCCCAGGAGGCUUCUGGGUAUGCUCAAUAACGGCAACUGACUCACAUUUGACAGUACAGCAGUGACAAUAGUGUAAAACUGCUGUGACACAAUUGUGCUGGAGAAAAAACAGGACUCAAAAUGAGAAAACUGAUGUCAUUCAUCAGCGGCAAAACAAAACUGUCAGUGUCUGAAAAAGUGGACAACUGAUCCCAAGUGCCUGAUGAGUUUUAAAGAUGUUGAGAUAAAAACCAUAGGUUUAUACACAUGUGGAGAUCCUCACUCCUUGUUUGAACAUAUAGACAGAUAUAUAUAUAUACAUAGAUAUGCUAUUAUUGUAAGGUGUACACACAGAGGAAGUCAGUUGUGAGUACAUACUUUAAAUGUGUACCGUACUGUAUAAUAAUUAUCCACUUAAGUCUAUCAUGGUGAUAAUCGUUCUAAUGGAAAAGUAGAGAUUGAAAACAACAAAAAAUACCCUCCCACCUUGUUUUGUCAGGGUUUGACACUCUCUUCUGUCAACUUUCAGUAUCAUAUUCAUAUGAUCUACGGUGCUGCUGUUUCAACUUUUCACCAAAUAUGCUGCUUUUUCUCACACGGAAAAUUUAUAAUUUAAUGGGUAAUAUUUACUAAUAAAAAGGUACAAAGCGUAAGAUAUUUACUUUGCUUUUCAAGCCACUCUGAAAUGGUCCUAUAUUUAUUUUUUUACUCAAGAUAUCUUUUAUAUGUCACAAUUGAAUACAUUUAGUCGCUGUAACACUGUCACUUAUAUUUGUGCAUGUCUGUAAAAAAUAUCUGUAUGCAAACAAGCAUAUUAUGCCUGUACUGUCCAUCAGGCUGUCAGAUUGUCUAGUGCAUGUUUUAGAAUCAGUGGCUACAACUGACAUGAAAACUAAUAAAUAAUAGAUGAGUGACAUGAAAACAAAACAUAAUUUAAUUUAUAAAAGUAUCACAAUAGUCAUCCUUAAAAAGAAAAAACAGGAGAACAGACCAUAUUAUCAUACACAACCCCACAACAUUCAAGGUUUAUGUACAAUAUACACAAUGAUAAAAAUUAUUUUAAAAAAUUCAACACAUUGUAGACUA